UAAUUUUAGUAUUAAAUCGCUUCCUAAUAGAUUUGUCCCUGCUUCUGGAAUUAACGGAAAUUUGAUACUAGCUGAUCAGUUUUUAUAUUUCAUUUUUGUCUCCUUUAAGAUUUUUGCUCUAAAUCCUUCUCCUUUUACCCCAGAGAUAAAAAGUUUUUCUUGUGAACAAGUUACACUAGAUGGAAGAUAACAAACUGAGGAGUGAGCUGCUUCUGACUCGAUUAAAAAGGUAAUAAGCUCAGGUUUAGGUCCUACUUCUAAAUUUACCAAGGGCUCUUGGUGGGACUCAAGAUAAAAAGAUAGAGCCCCUGACUUCCCUAGUCUUCUUCAAAAGCCAUAAGUGAGAUGAUUUUUCUUCUUUUUCCCAUUUGGGACAUUGUCUUUUAAAGUGACCUAUUUUUCCACAUUUGAAACAUUUGUUCUGUGAUUUCUUAGUAAUAUCUGGCCAGCUAUUGGUGACAAAGUGGAGCUUUAACAUUCCUUGUCCAAGGGGGUCUUCUGAUUCUAGGCCAGCAUAUUUUUCUCAUUUGCUCUUUAAGCCUUUCUAAAAAUUCUAUCGGUCCCUCAUCUUUUCCCUGUUUUAUAUUAAAGGCCUUGGUAAGAUUUUGGGUGUGGGGCACUGAUUCUCAAAUUCCUUUUAUUACCAUCUCCCUAAGGUCUCUCAUACUUCCUCGAUGGGCUAUACUGUUGUUAUCCCAUUGAGGAUCCUGGGCUGGGAAUUAUGUUCAGCCACUGGAACAUUCUGACCAGGAGGGUGUUCACGUUCCCAAAUGGUCAUAGUGGUCCUGCAUAUCAUGCUCCUUUCUUCUCCUGAGAAUAAGAUGCCUAAGAUAGACAUUAACUCAUCCAAAGUAUAUAACUGGGGUCCUAAAACUGAUUGAUUUGAUCUGCCACUCCAUAAGGGUCAUCUAAGAGUGGUUUAAGCUUCUUUUUUAGGUUUAGGGGAGGGGUCUGUGGUGGCAGCUGCUUGGGGAGAGGAAGGUUCUUUAGUCCAAACAAAACAGAGUAUUUUAUCAUUUGCUGCUUUUUCUUGUGUUUGGUCCUUUCAUUAUCCUUCCAAUAUUCUAACAUUAGGCCUAGGGGACUAUCAGAGGGGAUAUUAUCACGAUCAUGAUUUUUCCUAUCUUUUGUCUUACUUGAUGUAUUUCCCAUCCUGGAGAAAGUGUUUAUCCCUGGGGCGCAAUCUUUCUUACUAGAGAUUUCUUGCACCCUGGCGAGUCUGUGGGGCUCAACUUCUCCUACUAGAGAUUUCUCACACUCUUCAGCUUUCGCUUCAUCCUUCAUCUGCUUCCCUUGUGGUAAUUUUCAGGUCCCUCUUAGCAUAGGCAGGUUGAUAUAAACCCCACAACAGGCAAACUGCCUUCAAGCCAUAUGAGGUGACUGCAGAAUCAGAUCCAGACUCUGCACUUGCUCUGCACUCAAUUGUGCAUCUUACUCCCUCACUUUCAACCUCCAGGAUGUCCCGACCACCAAGGAAAUACUUCACCACCCCCAAGGUUUUUCUUACCUUGGUCUGUGCACAGAGUUACCUGGUCGCCACAGUAUCUGUAGGCCUUUUCUUCUCGCAUUGCUGGAAUCCAGGUUUAUUCAUCACACCAGACAAUGAGGAAAAGAGAGAAAGGAGACGCCUCUGGAGGCCAGGGAGCUGAGAGCCACCUUGAGAAUGCCAAGCUGGGGAAGUAUUUAGGGGAACUACUUCCUGCUUCCUUCCAAGCAAAACAGUAAAAAAUAAAAAUCCCUGAGACAAUACUUCCUUAGCCUUAUGAACCCUGAAAAUCUGAGACAAGUCUCAGUUAAUUUAGAAAGAAAGUUUAUUUUGCCAAGGUUGAGGAUGCAAACCCAUGACACAGCAACAGGAGGUCCUGACUAUGCGCCCAGGGUGGUCAGAGCACAGUUUGGUUUUAUACAUUCUAGGGAGACAUGAGGCACAAUUAAUAUAUGUAAGAUGAACACUCGUUCGGUCUGGGAAAGGCGGGUCAACUCAAAGCUGGGAGGAGGCUUCUAGGACUUAGGUAGAUUAGAGACGUGGUUGCAUUCUUUUGAGUUUCUGAUUAGCAUCUCCAAAAGAGGCAAUCAGAAGAUAUGCAUUUAUCUUAGUGAGCAGAGGGAUGACUUUGAAUAGAAUGGGAGACAGGUUUGCCCAAAGCAGUUCCCAGUUUGACUUUUCCCUUCAGCUUAAGUGAUUUUGGGGCCCCAAGUUGUUUUCCUUUCACAGCUUACUUUCUUCCUUCCAGAGGUGGCUGUGGACAAUUGCACGGGGUUUGGACUCGAUAAGGACAGAAGGUGAAGCUGCAAGGCAUUAGAUACGGGAAUGGAGAAAAAUACAGGCUGGAGUGUUGUCCUCAUAGGAGGUGAUGACCGAGGAGUAGGGAAGUCAGAGGAUGAGACCCCCGAGGCCAACAGCACAGAGUGACAGGAGCAUACAGCAGGACUUUGGGUCACCCAAGGAGACAGUGAUGUUGUUGAAGAAGUCAGAGGAGGCGCCAUCAGCAAUCAGAGGAUUGCUCUGACUGGCAGCUAAGAGCUGGAGGACAUCAAAAAAUACCACUGGAGUGAGCCAUAACUGGUGGCUGCUCUUAUGCCAAUGACCCUCCCCAAUUCCUCCUACCUCCUAGAAGACAAGAUGUGUGAGGGGAACAAGACCACUAUGGCCAGCCCCCAGCUGAUGCCACUGGUGGUGGUCCUGAGCACUAUCUCCUUGGUCACAGUGGGGCUCAACCUGCUGGUGCUGUAUGCUGUACGGAGUGAGCGGAAGCUCCACACCGUGGGGAACCUGUACAUCGUCAGCCUCUCGGUGGCAGACCUGAUCGUGGGUGCUGUCGUCAUGCCUAUGAACAUCCUCUACCUGCUCACGUCCAAGUGGUUACUGGGCCGUCCUCUCUGCCUCUUUUGGCUUUCCAUGGACUACGUGGCCAGCACAGCGUCCAUUUUCAGUGUCUUCAUCCUGUGCAUUGAUCGCUACCGCUCUGUCCAGCAGCCCCUCAGGUACCUUAAGUAUCGUACCAAGACCCGAGCCUCGGCCACCAUUUUGGGGGCCUGGUUUCUCUCUUUUCUGUGGGUUAUUCCCAUUCUAGGCUGGAAUCACUUCAAGCAGCAGACCUCGGUGCGCCGAGAGGACAAGUGUGAGACAGAUUUCUAUGAUGUCACCUGGUUCAAGGUCAUGACUGCCAUCAUCAACUUCUACCUGCCCACCUUGCUCAUGCUCUGGUUCUAUGCCAAGAUCUACAAGGCCGUACGACAACACUGCCAGCACCGGGAGCUCAUCAAUGGAUCCCUCCCUUCCUUCUCAGAAAUUAAGCUGAGGCCAGAGAACUUCAAGGGGGGUGCCAAGAAACCAGGGAAGGAGUCUCCCUGGGAGGUUCUUAAAAGGAAGCCAAAAGAUGCUGGUGGUGGAUCUGUCUUGAAGUCACCAUCCCAAACCCCCAAGGAGAUGAAAUCCCCAGUUGUCUUCAGCCAAGAGGAUGAUGGAGAAGUAGACAAACUCCACUGCUUUCCACUUGAUAUUGUGCAGAUGCAGACUGCGGCAGAGGGGAGUAGCAGGGACUAUGUAGCCGUCAACCAGAGCCAUGGCCAGCUCAAGACAGAUGAGCAGGGCCUGAACACACAUGAGGCCAGCGAGAUGCCAGAGGAUCAGACGUUAGGUGAUAGCCAAUCUUUCUCUCGAACAGAUUCAGAUACCAUCACAGAGACAGCACCAGGCAAAGGCAAAUUGAGGAGUGGGUCUAACACAGGCCUGGAUUACAUCAAGUUUACUUGGAAGAGGCUCCGCUCACAUUCGAGACAGUAUGUAUCUGGGUUGCACAUGAACCGCGAAAGGAAGGCCGCCAAACAGUUGGGUUUUAUCAUGGCAGCCUUCAUCCUCUGCUGGAUCCCUUACUUCAUCUUCUUCAUGGUCAUUGCCUUCUGCAAGAGCUGUUGCAAUGAACAUCUGCACAUGUUCACCAUCUGGCUGGGCUAUAUCAACUCCACGCUGAAUCCCCUCAUCUACCCCUUGUGCAAUGAGAACUUCAAGAAGACGUUCAAGAGAAUUCUGCAUAUUCGCUCCUAGGGGAGGCUCUGAGAGGAUGCAACAAAACGAUUCUUACGAUGUCCAACAAGGGGAAAUAGAGGAUGAAGGCCUGUGUGUUGCCAGGCAGGCACCUAGGCUUUCUGGAAUCCAAACCACAGUCUUAGGGGCUUGGUAGUUUGGAAAGUUCUUAGGCACCAUAGAAGAACAGCAGAUGGUGGUGAUCAGCAGAGAGAUUGAACUUUGAGGAGGAAGCAGAAUCUUUGCAAGAGAAUCAGACCUGUUUCUUGUAACUGGGUUCAAAAAGAAAAAAAAGAGAAUCAGACCUGGAUGGAGCUCUCCUGCUCCCCAGGAACUAUGGGAGCCUCAGACUCUCAUUGUAAUUCAAGCUUUCUAAGUCAAAUGAUUGACAACUGAAGGGACACGUGGCUAGGGUUCCACUGGAGAAUUGAAAAGAACUCUUGAGUCCUCCUAGAAUGGAGCUGUAUGACUGCAGAGACCUUAUCCAUGCGAAUAGUUGCUGUCCCCUUCCAGGGGUCACCUUGAGAGGCAUGACAGCUGUUCCACAGGGGCCCCCUUCUCAGAAAACUUCUCUUCUGAGCCUCUUUUACAGCUUUCUCCAGAACCAGUGUCUAAACCACCCUGGAAAUUCUGCCUUAUUAUUUCUUACUCACACAUGUUUAGAGUGGAUAGAAAAUUAUGCAGCUUGCACACCCAUCGUCUUUAACCCCCAAUUUCCUUUGGCUAUUAAAAAAGUGGUGGCAAAAGGUGUCCUCAAAAGAAAGAGAAAUGAAAUAUUUUUGAAUUGUUGCACGUUAAAAAUUAAAAGAAGGAAUGGGGGCAGAAUGCCAUAUUUUUUGAGGGGUGUACUAGGUUUGUCUCAUUUAAGUCCAGCAAUGUUCUAACUCUAGUUUGCAGAGGAGCAAAUUGAGGUGCAGCAAGGUGAGAGAGGUACCCAAGGUCACAUAGCUAGUUAUUUGAGAAAGUUAGAAUACAAAUCCUCUGGGGUUCCAACUUAUUGUAGCAUAUUUUCUCCAAAAGGCAAAAAUGUGUCCUCUUGGCUGGGCGUCGUAGCUCAAGCCUAUAAUCCCAGCACGUUGGGAGGCCGAGGUGGGCAGAUCAUUUGAGGCCAGGAGUUCAAGACCAGUCUGGCCAAUAUGGCGAAACCUUGUCUAUACUAAAACUAAAAAAUUAUCUGGGCAUGGUGGGGCAUGCCUGUAGCCCCAGUUACUCAGGAGGCCAAGGCACAAGAAUCGCUUGAACCCAGGAGGUGGAGGUUGCAGUGAGCCAAGAUCAUGCCACUGCACUCCAGCCUGGGCAACAGAGCAAGACUCUGUCUCAGAAAAACAUAAAUAAAUAUAAUAUUUUAACAAUGUGCCCUCUUAAGUGUGCAUACAUACACAUAUACAGUAUUCCCAAGAGUGGUGGCAGCUCAAAAUGGUAUGUUGAGUAGCCGAACAGCUGACAUGGAGUUCCUGUGCACCUACAGAAGGUGAGGCUUUGAAGGAUCCAAGUGCAUUUUUAUCUGUGAGUUCUGUUGCAUUUGUCAAACAGUCAUUGUAAUCUUUCAUAGCCAUACCUGUUAAGCAAAAACUGGCAAAGACAUAGGAACAUAUAGUUUUACUUGGUGUUUAUGUUGCAAUCUGCUUGUGAUUUAUGUUUUAAAACUUGAUGCUAAACCAUAAUAUGUAUAACAAAUGGAGCAAGCUGAUAUUUUGUAUUUUGUGUUCCUCUUUGCAUGAUCUGUUAACAUGAGAUAUUUUUACCUACCUAAAAUAUGAUGUUUAAAAGCAUACUGUAUGUGAUUUAUUUAUUUCUACCUUUCUGAGUCUCUUGGACUAAGAAGAUGUAUUGAAAUGUACCACCACAUGUUAACAAAAGUUUGAUAUGGGGUUUCUCUUUGGUUUCUGAUCACAUUUGUAAAUGUCUUUUCAAAAGGAUUUACUUUUUAUUAAAAGCUUCAUUCUCACUUUGCUUUGCACUCCCCAAACUUCUUGUUCAGAACUAGGGGAGUUUAGGAGACUUUAAUCCCAGUUUCAGAAGCUGCAGCUGGUCUGUUUCCAGGUCAGAAACCAUUGUUCAGAAGACCUCCCUAUGAGAGAGCUGCUCCUCAGGGUCCCUCAGGACCAAAGAACACUCCGAAAGAGCACUCCACAUGGACAAGUAGCUAAGUAUCCAUUCUUUAUCAUGAACAAUCGAGGCGACUAGUGGAGAGAACUGAUUGUGAACUCUGCCUCUGAGUCAAAGAGACCUGGAUUUGAGUCUGACAAGAACAAUAAAUGGUCAAUAAAUAUAAAUUAUCAGAGUCUAAGGAA